AUGAAGUCUACGUAUCUUCAAAGUACCACUGUGAUCAUAUUUGUGAUCGUUGCCCGAAUUACAGCCGAGCAAAGAUUUGCAGAAACUCCGGCACUGUACCAAGAGGUCUCUUCCGGAGACGAUGUGCAAUUACGGUGCAGGGUGCAAGACAAACGGGGUCAGUGCAUUUGGCAGAAAGAUCGGAAACCGGUAGGCAUGCAUCCGGAUAAAUACGAAUGGGCUAGCGGACGUGGUAGCGAUUGCACCCUCCUUAUCAGAAGAGCCUCCCUCGAUUUCGACGACGGCUACUGGGAGUGUCAAGUCACUUCUGGCGACUUCACGCGACAGGAUGCAUUAACUUCGUUACCAUCUCGUCUUUUAGUUAGAGUAAAACCACGGAAACCACGGUUGGAGUACGGAGGGACAAUUUUAAACUCCGCCCUAACUUUAAGGGAGGGUCAGGAAGUUACCAUUUCCUGCGUAUCAAGAUAUGGAAACCCACCGGCCCUUAUCAAAUGGUACAUAGGAGGGGAUGAAGUGGAGCCCCUGAGGGAGCAGACAAACGCAACCGAGGUGGACAGUCCGAAAACUUGGGCAGCCCAUAGCCUCCUCCGAGUCCGUGGACAAAGGGAGAACCAUGGUCUGCCGAUUCGGUGCAUCACGAUGCAUCCAUCCAGCGUCGUUCCAACUGCUGCGGAAACACGUCUGGAUGUGCAUUAUUCCCCUGAAGUGAGAAUAGAAACGAAGCCUCGACUCCUGGUCGCAGCCCUAGAGGAUUCGGCUAGCUUUAUGAGCCUGAAAUGCUUCGCGGAUGGCAAUCCCAGCGGAACGAUCAAGUGGUUCAAGGAUUCAGCUCCCAUCGUGGUAACAAGCAACGUGGUAGCGUUGAUGCUAAACAGAACGCAGCAGAACAGCACGAUGACCGGCUCUGAGCUGAGAUUCGAGCCGGUCAAGAGAAACGACGCCGGUCUCUAUUCUUGCAAGGCGGUCAACGUUAUCGGUGAAAGCACUGCAGCUAACUACAGACUGGACAUACAAUAUGGUCCUAGAUUCAAGUCAGAAGACCCUGCUCAGAACGAUACCGUACAAAAAUUUGAAGAAACUACGCUGCUCGGUACAAGUUUAGAACCCUUUGAAUGCAUGGAUUUUGAAGCGAAUCCCCCAGCUCAAUAUCGAUGGGUGCAUCUUCGUGGUGGCGUGACCGAGACCAUCGAGAAUUCUCUGCAGACCAAGGACGGUGGUAAACGACUGCGUUUGGAAAACGUGAUGUGGUCUGACGAAGGAGAAUAUCGAUGUGUAGCGUUCAACGUGAUCAACGGAGUGCGAAGAGAAAUGCCUAGCGAGGCUCGUUACGUGCUCCAUGUAACCGGACCGCCUGAGAUACAGGCGAGGCCUUCUUCCGGUGGAAAGGGCAUUUAUGAGUCGCUGGGAUGGGCCGGGGAACCGGAACACACUCUGAAGUCUCGUUUUUGCUCAAGACCACCUCCUAGGCUCGUUGCUUGGCAAUGGGGAAGUUCGCAUAUCAGAGCUGGUGAGAGUAUUCAUCCGAAGUACGAAGCACUAUCGCUAGAGCACGUCAAGGAAAAUGAAAUGCCAACGAACUGUUACUGGGCAAAAUUGGUGAUCAAAGAUCUGCAAAGAGAGGACGCUAGAAUUUACACCCUUUUAGUGGAAAGCGAAAAAGGCAGAGAUUCUACUAAUAUCAAAUUAAAUAUUCGUGAUCCAACAGAGAUGAGAGUAAUUGCAGCAGCUGCUGCAGUGGGGUUAUUGUUUCUACUUCUUUUAAUAUCUAUUGCGGUGUAUUCGAUACUAAGGCUAAAGAACAGACGAUAUCGUCAAGAGGAAGAGGAAGGCAGCAUUGCUGCAGAUGCGUUUUAUAGUAAUUCCGCUACAACAGAUAGACAGAAGAACAUGAACAAUUCGACCCAGAGUAAAGGAUAUGCAAGGAAAACGAACUCGGAGGGUGGAUUGGCCGUCACAUAUGAUUAUGACCAGAUCACAAAGCAGGUGCGUGCCAUGAGCCCAGAAGCAUUGAAAGUCAGGAGAGCACCAGCUGUUCUUCAACCACCAACUAUUGUGUAA